AGCCUCCAGCCUCCGGAACGACGUUCGCCGCUCGCGACGCCGAUUCGACCACCGGACCAGAUCGUCGGUGGCUUCUACUGUACUCGGUUCGUCUGCACCGUGCGAGCUGGACCACUACUACAGUAAUGCAGUAGCUCUCCUAGUGCAGUCGACCGAGUACCGCGGUUGGGUAUGCGAAGAGUAUAGAACGCGGGACGACGACGAUGAUGACGGUGGUGGUGGUGGUGAUGAUGGGAACCAUGUGAAUGACCGAGGUGAAAGCGUGGUGGUAUGGGCGGGACGGAGUCCGCGAGGCUCUGCGUCGACCGGAGCAGUCGUCGUCGUCGGUGAACGUCCGUCCAGUCUGUACAGGAGAAUGUAUCGGAGCUCCGUAGACCAUCCGCUCGCGAACCUUUCUCUUCAGGUUCGAUCGCGGCGGUCACUCGUGCGCCCCCUUCCUGCGUUUUCGGCCAGUGGCAGAUCUGCUUUCGCGUUUCACUGCAGGCGCUCGCGAGCGCCUGCAGUGCCCUUUAGUUUGUCUGUCACUCGUUUGACUUCCGAAGGAAUCGAUUUUUCUCGGGAGCAAGCUCGCUCGUUGUGACCUAAUCGAGACAGAAGGCCUGCAUCCGGUGAGUGUGAAUUUGCUGCAUGGAACCUGAAGAAGGAGCUCGUGUGUUUUUGGAUGAGCAAGAUGUCGUGGAGGAGAUUUUGAGUGACGAUGGAGAAUACCAUGAUGGAGACAGCGAAAAUGGAGUCCCGGAAGAUCUCAUGGACCAAAUGGGUGAUAUGAUGACAGUAAUGGAAGGGGAAGGAGAGGACGAUAAAAUAGAUGACGCCGACCAUACCUUCACCGGGCAUACAGAUUCUGUAUAUUGUGUUGCCAUCAGCCCAACGGACCCAGGACUCGUUGCCACUGGGGGAGGAGAUGAAGUUGGUUUUCAGUGGAGAGUUGGAGAAGCAGUAGACCCACGUGAACUGAGAGGGCAUACGGAUUCUCUAGUACAGUUAGCAUUUAGCAACGACGGAGCUCUUCUUGCAUCGGGUGGGCUUGAUGGUUUUGUGAUUAUUUGGCAGAAUGGUGUUAGCAAGCAUCAUCUGGAAGGGCCAAGUGAUGGGAUUGAGUUCGUGAAAUGGCAUCCUCGGGGGCAUCUGGUGCUUGCAGGAUCAGAGGACUUUUCAGCUUGGAUGUGGAAUGCAGACAGUGGUCAGUGUCUUAAUGUCUUUACUGGUCAUAGCGGGUCAGUGAUGUGCGGGGACUUUACUCCUGAUGGAAAAUUGAUUUGCACCGGAUCUGCAGACGGCAGUUUUAGGAUUUGGAAUCCAAAAACAGCCACGACCACACAUGUCAUUCAAGGUCAUCCUUACCACACAGAGGGUGUGGUUUGCAUGGCUAUUCAUCUCGACUCUUCCAUAGCCAUCACAGGCUCCACUGAUGCAACGGCCUGUAUAAUCAACUUACAAACUGGGAAGGUUUCUGGAUCAUUGACUGGCCUCCAUACGAAAUCAGUAGAGUCAGUUGGACUCUCAUCUAUAUUACCAUUGGCAGCGACGGGAAGCUUGGAUGGAAACCUUAUCAUUUGGGAUCUCCAAACUCUCUCGCCUCGGCAUACAUGUGAACAUGAGGACGGAAUCGUGAAGGUGGUUUGGCCCACAGGAUCACACCUUAUCUACACCGCGUCCCUAGAUUGCUCUGUCAGAAUAUGGGAUAGUCGAACAGGAGAACUCGUGAGGCGUUUCCAGGGUCACUCAGAUUCUAUUACGGACAUGGCGGUAUCGAAGGACGGAAGACUAAUUUUGAGCGGGUCAGAUGAUAUGACGGCCAGAGUCUUUUCACUAGACAGUUGAGAAUAGUUGAAGAAAAUGAAACUACGUUCAGAAGUGAACGUGAGGAGUGCGCAAGCAUCUCUCCCCAUCCCAAUUUUUGCUUCCAGAGGCUCAGAAUAAAUCGUUUCGAUCAAUGUUGUAGAGUGCAAAGACAAUGUAGCUACAAUGUGUGUAGGUGAUCCAUGCAUCUCAGUACUGUACAGUUCAGUAUUGUCACACUUGUAUCCGUCCACAUGACUUGUUUAAAAUUUUCACCGCUGUAAAGUUUUGGCGCAACACCUUGGCUUGUUACUCAUCACAAGCUCAUUUGCAGC